AGCAGGUGUCGCCCUCCCGGCGGACACACACAAGAUGGCGGCGGCGGCGGCGGGCGGCGGUGGCGGGGGGAGUCUCUGACGGCGCCGCCAUGUUGGUGAGGGCAAUAACGGCGCCCGGGCUGCGCCGGUGGUGCCGGAGCCAGCGGGGCGCGGCCGCCGCCUGUUUCCCGCUGGGCCGGGCGCUGCUGGGCCUGCGGGGCGCCGAUGCCGCCGUGUUCCUGCAAGGGCUGCUCACCAAUGACGUCACGCAGCUGGUGGCGGCGGGCGACGCCCCCCCCGCGCUCUACGCGCACGCGCUGAACGUGCAGGGCCGCUGCCUGUAUGACGUCAUCCUGUACAGACUCCACGGAAGCACAGCAGAGGAGCCUCACAUCCUGCUGGAGUGCGACAGCAGCGUGCUGGAUUCUGUCCAGAAACACCUGAAACUCUACAAGAUCCGCAGGAAAGUCACCAUUUCUCCCUGCCCUGACCUGUCCCUGUGGGCUGUCAUCCCUGGGGAGCAGCCUGGGGACUCCAGUUCCCUCCCAAAAUGUGCAGACCAGGCUCUGCUCUUAACUCCUGACCCCAGGGCAGAAGUCAUGGGCUGGAGACUGAUUGCAAAGAAAGGAGCAAACCUGUCAGAGAUUAUCCCUGGGAGUCACGUUGGAGACGUUCAGGAUUACCACAGGCACAGGUAUAAACAAGGAAUCCCCGAAGGGGUGAAGGAUCUCCCCCCUGGCGUGGCCCUGCCUCUGGAAUCCAACCUGGCCUUCAUGAACGGCAUCAGCUUCACCAAAGGCUGCUACAUCGGGCAGGAGCUGACGGCCCGCACGCACCACAUGGGCGUGAUCCGCAAGCGCCUGCUGCCCGUGCGCUUCCCGGCGCCGCUGCCCUCCGCUCCCGAGGGGGCAGAGAUCCUCACCCGGGCCGGGAAAAGGGCCGGGAAGCUCCGUGCAGGGGCGGGAGAGCUCGGCAUAGCCCUGCUGAGGCUGGCUCACCUCAACGAGCCGCUCUGCAUCGAGCUGGGAGGGGACAGAGUGGAGCUCCGCGCCACCACGCCCGAGUGGUGGCCCAAAGCUGCUGCUAAGUAGAGGAGGGAGCACUGUUUGCCUUAAGGAGAGGCUGGGUUCUGUGGGAAUUUGGGAAUGUGUUUGGUGGUGGUGGGGGAUCUUACAGGAUUCCUCAGAUCGGGAGUGAACAGCAGGAACCCAAAGCUGUGGAAGAUCGCUGGGUUGGAUCUUCCACUGAGGGCCCUGGAGAGGCAAAUCCAGGGAAUGGCACCUCCUCCUGAGGGUGAUCCCCCUGUUUUAGGGGUGCUGGGAGUUGUUGGGUUGGUCCCGGUGUAUUUAGGGGGUGCCCUGGGCUGUUGGGUUGGACUCUGGAUGGAUCUCCAGGCUGACACUCCCUCCCUGUGCUCCCUGUGUGUUCCAGCUGAAGCACUGGGAUCAGGAGCUCCCCUCUUCCCUGCACUCAUUUUUUCACUUCAGAAUAACCAUUCUGUGGUAUUAUAAUUUUAUUCUUUUGGUGUUUUUUUGAGUGGAGAUCAUGCUGCUCUUAUUAAGAUGUAUUCUCAGGCUGAAGUUUUUUUGCUGCAAAUUCCUCUUUGCAUUGAGCUUCUGAAACUUGCAGAUGGGGCUGGCGUUUCUCCCCACCACCGGAAUUGUGUUCAGGAAGAAGAACACCUUAUGCUUCACGUGUCACACCUUGAUUUUCACUCAGCUGGGAAAGAAAGGUCUCAAACCUGCUCCUGUCUCCUGCUUUGGUGCCAGUGGAGGGAGCACAGCCAGUUCCCCUGACUCCCUUCACUCCAUUUUUUUGGGAGAGGAAAGGGAUAUUUUCAAUGUGCUGGCUUAGCCUGGCUGUCCUGAGGGAGGAUUUUCUGGCUCUGCACCUCCACACUCUCUGUACUCCUCACACCCUGACCCUGCUGCCACCUGCAGCUGAGGUUUUUUCCACCCGAGGGUUUUCAGAACAGCCCAAUGCUUUUGGCAUUUCUUCAUUUCUUUCCUGGCUGCCAACACUGCUGUGCUUCCCCAAUUUUUCUUCUUGCUGCAACUUAUUCCUCUCUUCUUCCAAAGCCAACCAGCUCCAUGUCUCCUGCCUCUGUCAACCUGCAGUGAUGUAUAGGAACCCUUUUUAUUUUUGUAUUGCAAUAAAUCCAUUACACAAUGAGAAAUCUGCCCAGGUGAGAUCCCAUUUUGCCCCCCCCCAAAAAAAAAUAAAGGAAAAGAAAAAAGAAAAAGCCUUUGCAUGAAUAUUUGUAACAAAAGUGCGUCCAAAAUCACAUUCUGCCUCUGUUUCAGUGUUACUGUGAAAGAAAUUUGUCUGUUAAAAAAUGCUUAUAUUGAUUAAAACUCUAUGAUUGCUGUAAAAUGAUUGUGUGGAAUAUUUUGUUAAUUGUUGCCUCUGAUUGAAAUGUGACUCAUCUGAAAGAGAAGAUGCCUUUUUUUUUUUUUUUUUUUUUUUUGGAGUGAAGACAUACAACAAUAAAUGUAUUUUCAGGUUGCUUGCUGACAAGAGCCAUGCCUUCGACUGUUGGUCAGGUGUGGCAUUGGUAACAGAUUCUUCCUGCUGGGAAAAUAAAAGAACCUGGAUCCUCCAGAGGUGCCAAAGGCCUGAAGCAGCUUUUCCUCUCUGCCACCCAUUGUGCAAAGGCUGCUCAGAAUGGUUUUAUUGUCCUGGGGUGAGCAGAGCCUGAACAAACACUGAAUAAACUCUGUCUGGG